AUGUCCACCAGUCUGGCUGAGCCUGGAACUGUCGGAUCCAGCUUCAACACCACAUGCAAGUGGACCUAUACUCAACAUCGGAGUGGUGAGGAUAAUCCCGAUCCUCCACCCCGUCCCAAGCACCGACGGGCAUCGAAGGCCUGUCACCCUUGCAGCUUGCGCAAAGUGCGCUGCGACGUGGUCAGAGGCGGAGAGCCAUGCACGAAUUGCAGAUUGGACGAGGUUCACUGCUUCGUUGGGGAGAGAAGACGAGGGGGCGGAGGAGAACGGAGACGACGACUAACCGCUGAGUCCCGCACAGCCGGUAUCUCGACAGAUGAUCAGGCUGCGGCGCUGAACGCUGGGGACAGGGAGGCAUUGCAUCCUGGACAGUCUCUUUGGCGGGAAAGCGGGCUACUUCGAAGUCCUGGACAUGAAGCGAAGAAAAGCACUCCCAGCUCGUAUUCAGAGCAGGCCUCGCACAUGAAGACGACCACAACACCACAAAAGGACGAUCUGGACGGUUUGUCACCACUUAGAUGUGUUAGCCGGAACGCGUCACAAAGCGGCUCCUCGACCAGGCUGUCAGUUAACCUGCCACCGUACAUUCGGCCGUUACCUGCGGCCAUCAGUCAGGUCGACCUUGAUUUUUUAUCGGCCAAGGGUGCCUUUGAUCUGCCACCUGACUCUCUCCGCAAAGCACUGCUCGACACGUACCUGCGGUUUGUCCACCCGUAUAUGCUGGUGUUGGACCGAGAGGAUCUGCUCCGUGCGUUUCAUAGCGGGGCAGAUUUUCAUGUGCAAGGCGAGGCAGAUCCCAGGCUGAGUCUAAUAUUAUACUGGGCAAUUCUCUUCGCAGCCAGCUCACACGUACAUAUAUCUGUCUUGGAAGAAAUGGGAUAUGACUCGCGUCUAGUAGCUCGGAGGGCACUGUUUUGGAGGUCAAAAUUGCUCUACGACCUAUACAUUGAGCAAGAUUCCGUCAUACUACUCCAAGCAGUCCUACUCAUGUCAUAUCGGUUCAAGGAGACGGAUAAUCCGCGCGACUCAUGUCGCCUGUUAGAUUUCUCUACAUCUUUCGUUCAAGGAAUGGAUUUGCCCGGCUUAAUUCGGAACUCAGUGCCAUUAACCAAGCGUCAGAAAUUGCUUCGCAAGCUAUGGUGGUGUUGCUUCGUGCGAGAUACUCUCGUUGUUGAGCAACUGAUGGCUCCGUCAAAGACCAAGGUAGAAGAAAGUGAUAUCCUUCCCUUGACACUCGAUGACUUCAACGUGUCCCAAGAUUCCAACACCUGGGUCCAUACAUCGGCCAUCAUAUAUAUUAGUCAGACUCAGCUCUGCAUCUACAUCAACCGCAUUCUUGAAACACAUGUCUCCGUCGCUGCUCUCACUCGCUCACACUCGGCCUUCAGUUAUGGGACCUCCGGGGCGGCGAUCGGCGAUUUACUUUCCGACAAGAUUCGCCUGUACGAUGCCGAUCUGACAAAUUGGCUCAAGGAAUUGAGUGGAGACGCCACUCUGUCGCCAGUCAAUCCGGACGGGACAUCUCCAGGCGACUCCAGCUUGCAGCUACAACAGAUCCUACUCCGUAUGACAUACCUUGUUGCUCUCUCCAUCUUGCAUCGACCGCAAGUCCUCCCUUCAAAAUCGGAGGUGGCACUCGCAACGCACAUCAACAUCAGCGUCCGAAUGCUCUCGAAGGACCGCAUGCACCAUGUGGCAACACGGACGACAGAUCUGGCUGAGGCUAUACUGCUGCAGCAGCUCUCUAGAUAUAUGCCCCCUUACAGUGUAAUUCUUCUAGUGACUGCUAUUACGGUUCACUUAAUGGAGAUACAAUUCAGCCACGGCCCUACCCGCAGUGAUCUAUGCCGGAAGAUUAGUACAAGCGUCACACUCCUGUACGAACUUCGAGAGAUAUAUACUGAGGCUGGGCGAUCGUUGGACCUACUUCGCCCUGGCCUAUUAAAAGCUGGAAUACCUUGCUCUGGCUCGAUAAAGCCACUAUCACUAAAUGGAGAAUAUGAGCCCAACGAGCCCUUAGAAGUAGCUUUAAGCGACGACCAGGCCGGCAGAGUUGGCUUCGGGGUCGAGCUUAACAAUGCUUCUCUGCAGCCCAUGACAGGCAGCACAAAGGCUGCCAACGUGGCCCAACUCGAUGCUAGUGUGCCAGAUCUGAGAGGGGAUGGAGCG